GGCGGACUUUGGAAUCGUAAUUCGGUAGGUACCUACAACUAACGCGGCGUUUAUGCGUUUCGUUUUCCUGAUUGUAUUAUUAUUUUUAUUUAAUUUCAAAACUGUGUUAGACUAGCGCCGGCGGUGUACAAAAACCGAAUACGUGCACAUUACAUAUCAUAUUAAUUACUUUUAUUAUUACUGUUCGAUUCAAGACAACGGAACCACCGCCGCCGCCGUCAUCAUCAGCAUCAUUUUGAAUCAAAAAUCGGCAUUGUUUACUCCCCUCAUCGUGUGCGCUGACCGCUGUUCCGUUGGGUUAGUUUAGCGUGUUCGGGCGCUAAGUACUUGAAGUUUUUGAUUUCGUUCUUCUACACUGCCUUAGACGAAAUCACAGUUAUCAGACUUUGGACUGUCCUGGUCAAAAAGACGUUCUUCAUUCGAGUUACACGCAAUGGCAUGACCGCACAUCAUAUCGUCGUUCUUUAAAGUUUCUCGUUGGCCGAUUUGGAUUUCAACAGCCAUGCAAAUAUAAACAAGCUGAUCAAAAACAAUACUAUGAUUUUACUUUUUAUUUUAUUUCAAACUUUAUUUGUGUAGUAAUCAGUAAAAAAUAAUUUUAACAUGGCUGCACAUUGUUUUGAUCCUAAUAACAAAGCCAGUUGGUAUUUCGGACAAAUGUCACGUAUUGAAGCUUCUGAUCUAUUGAUGGGUGAACGAGAAUGUGGAACAUUUUUAAUUAGAGAUAGCCUCAGUAUUCAAGGAGACUAUGUGCUAUGCGUGAGGGAAGACAGCAAAGUUAGUCAUUACAUUAUCAAUAAAAUACAAGAACAUAAUGAAACGAAGUAUAGAAUUGGUGAUCAGAUGUUUGCUGAUUUGCCUAGUUUAUUAGCAUUUUAUAAAUUACACUACCUUGACACUACUCCUCUCUUGAAACCUGCUGUUAAACCAAUAGAAAAAGUUGUUGCCAAGUAUGACUUCGUUGGAAAUGAUCAAGAUGAUCUACCAUUUAGAAAGGGAGAUAUUUUGACAAUUCUUGUAAAAGACGAAGAACAAUGGUGGACAGCUAAGAAUAUUAUGGGUCAAAUGGGUUCUAUUCCAGUUCCAUAUGUUCAAAAAUAUGAUGGAAAUCCACCAUUACCAAUAAAAGACAGUAAUCAAAUUCCUGGAUCUAAUAAUGAGUCAACAUUAAGGCGGUCUAGUCUUCAAAAAAAAUUACCAGCUCUAGCUAGAGUUAAACAAGUCCGUGUACCAAACGCAUAUGAUAAGACAGCAUUAAAACUUGAAAUUGGAGAUAUAAUCAAAGUAACAAAAACUAAUAUUAAUGGUCAAUGGGAAGGAGAGCUAAAUGGUAAAACUGGACAUUUUCCAUUUACUCAUGUGGAAUUUGUGGAUUCUGAAAUGAAUGAUUGUAUAAGUGACAGUUAAUUUAACAAUUUUUAUGGCUUCUUAGUUCUCUUAGCUAUUAUUUAAUUAUUUUUUAAAUAUAUAUUUCUUAAAUGGCAACUAACUAGGUAGGUUAAUACAGAUAUAUUUUAUUAUAAUGAAUCAUUGUAUGUUUAAUUCAUUAAAAUAGAGUUUUAUCUACUUAAUUGAAAAAAACAAGUAGACUUGUACCAGACAACUUUGUAAUGUAAAGAUAUUUUGAAUUGUAUUUUUAAUAUGUGAAAUAUACUGUAUUGCAUUAAUUGUUUAAUAAAGUAUCAGCAAGCCAAACAUAUCAAAAUUAAAAGUUUAUUAAAGUAAAUUUAAUAUAAUAUUAUUUAUACAUAAAUUAGUGCCGGUACAACUGAAUAAUUUACAAUAUUGACUACAGUCGAAUCCGCUUAAUUGGAACACAUUGGGCAGUGACCUAUUUGUCCCCAUUAUCCCGACUGCCCCGAUUAACCUAAGAAUUUUACAUACAAUACAUUCAUUUGGGACUGUCUUUUAAGUCCCUAUUAAGCAGGUGUCCCCUUUAAGUGGAUUUUGAUUGAUGUAUUAGCCUUUAUUUAGAAAAAAAAAUAACUGACCAAUAAUUAGAUAGAUAAUUAGUUUAUAUGACCAACUAACCAAACAAAUUAGUCAGUUAAUGACUAACAAUUAAAUAUGUAAUUUGAGACCAACAAAUAAAUAUGAGUAGUAGUUAAUUAAAUGAUGAUAUUUACUAGUGAAAAUUUAAAAUAUAUUUUUCAUUUUUCAAAUCAACUAACAAUAUUAUUAUUAAAAUUGUUUUACAUUUAUAUACAUUUAUAUUUAUAUAGUCCAAUGCUUGAAAACUCAUAAAUCAUAUUAUUGUUGAUUACUUAUAUUAGUCUUUAUGCCAUAAAUCUGAAAUGUUAAUUAAGGAAAUAAAAAACCCAUAAUAUAUCAGUCAUAAAACAUAUAUUACCUCCGACCAACAAUACUGAAACUAAUAUGACAUUUUAAUUAUUUCAGUAUAAACUGUAUAUAAUAUAAAUGCUUUAUUUUUUUUCACUUAUUUAAAAGUUUAUUUUUUUAACAUCCAAUAUUUAUGCAUGUUAUAAUUGUAAAUUACACAAAUUAAGAAUAAUGCUUAAAUCUUUAUUGCAAAUUCUAAAUAUUUAUUAAUAUUACUGUUGUUUGUUAGGUAAUAUGAUAUUGAGCAAUUAUGAUUAUUUUUAUCUUUAUCUUUAACCAUAAUUCUCAAUACGUAUGUUCUUUGUUUUUUUACUUUUAUUAAAAGAAUAGCCCGUGUUGUAGGAAAGAAGUUCUUUAAUGUUAAAAAUGUUAAACAAAUUACUAAAACUCCUCAGGUACUGAUCAUGUUGGAUCAGCUUGUCAAUGCUUGGUGCAACUUAAAAACAAUUACAUCAAAACAUAAUAUUACAAUUUAAUUAUUCAUCAACAUUUGGUUAACACUUUCCACAUUAAUAAAUUUAAUUUUUUUAGAACCAGCCAUUAUUAGUAUGAUGAUGUUCAGUCCAGUGGCUCUAUGUCAUACCUAGAAUUUAUAUUUAUAUUUUUUUAAGAUUCCCAGACAUUGUCAUACAAAACUUAAUAUCUUAUAUAUUAAAUAAUUGUGUUUAUUAAACAAUAAAAUGUAUUUGUAUACUUAGAAAAUGAACAGAAAAACAGUAAUAAAAUCAUUUUUUUUGGACUGCUUCCUUGAAUAAAUCCUGGGUGUGCCACUAAUUCAUGUAGAGAAUUCAAGGAAGGUAAUAAAUAUAGUACAAAAAAUAAAAAUAUAAGUAGUAGUGGUAGUAUGCAUUAAAGUUUACUAAUCUGAUCGACCAUUUUGACAUACAUUUAUAAAUAUAUACCUAGCAAUUUUUAUAAAAAUUAACUACCAAUAUUUUAAUUAUAAAUAAUUAUUAUAUUAAAAUUUGUAUGUUUGGCGAUUGUAAUUAUUUUAUUUUUUUUAGCCUCGACAUCCAUAGCCAUUAGCUUUUUUUACAUAUACUUUAACUUACAUUAGUUUGCAUUAUACAGUAUAUUAUAUUUUUUUAUUAGUCAUAUAAUAUGUGGCUUACAAUAAUUUAUCUAGUUUUGAGUUGUUAAGAAAGAUGAUCAGCUGUUGUCUAUUGUCUAGUGUGAGGGCUUCCAACAGAAUACUGAAAAUUCUCUCUUUUUGUCUCUGAUUGCAAUUACUAUAAAUUAAAUAAUAAUUUAUCAUUUUUUUAUGUGUUGUCAAUUGAAAUAAAAAUAACAAAACCGACAAA